UGAGAAAAAUUUGUAAUCGGUUUACAUUUCAAUUACAUUUACUCAGUUCAUCAUCAGUCAUUAACGCGUGUGUUGUUUUGAAAUUUAAAAUUUAUAAAAUAAUUUAUCACAGAACGACGUAUGAAAUAUAUUUAUAUAUAAAUUUUAUAGAAACAAUGAGUUCCAAACAUUCAAAAUUAUUAAGUUUAUCUAGAAGAGGCAGAGAUAGUGAUAGAGAUUACUUAAAACUAAUUAAAAAAGAGUCAAUAGAUCUCGAUCAUAUUCUCGAUCAAUGUAGUUGUAAAAUCUCAGAACAAAGAUUUCCAACUUCUUCACUGAAACAUAGUUACACUUCUUAUAGAUCUAAAUUCAUACCAAUAAUUAAAAAAAAAUCUUAUAAUACUUAUCCUUCUUUUGCAAGAGAAAAUUAUGGAUGGUAUAAAGUAACUAUACCGUUUGGUCACAAAUAUAGCAAAGAAUGUAUAAUUUCAAAGAUUUUAAAAUAUAUUUAUCCUUAUACUUUUACUCCUGUUAUGUAUAAAGAUAAAGGGGAUAAAUCGAUUUUUUAUGUCGAUCAAAAAAAAAUAGCUGAUGAAAUAUCAAAAUGUGAUGAAAAAAUAAAAACACAUGAUAAUUAUAGACUAAUGAUAAAAGUUACAAAAGGAUAUCCAUGGUGCGAUUUUAAUGAAAAUUUAUCCCAAAAAUUGAAAUACGUAACAUCAAAACGAUUAUGUGAAACAACUAGAUCACUUGAUUUGUCACAUUUUUACUGCGAUCCAUAUCUAGUUGAUAGUUACUUCUGUGCCCUAUUUAUACCAAAGAUAUUUUUCACAAUAAUGAAUUUUGCAUAUAAUUUUAUGCCCGAUUUAGAAGUAUUAAACCUCGAAAAAAAUAAUUUACCUUUAACUAAAAAUAUAUGCCGUGGUAUUUCAAAAUUUUCAAAUUUGAAAGUCAUUUACUUAAAUAAUAAUUUAGUAAAAGAUAUUAAAGAUUUUAAUGGACUCAAAAAUUCGAAACUAGAAGAAUUAUUUCUGAAUAAUAAUCCAAUUUAUAAUAAUUAUGUUCAAUCUAAAGUAGAAUAUCGAAGAACACUACUCGCGAUAUUUCCUUCACUGAUAAUACUGGAUGGUUUUAGAGUAUCAUUACCAACUGUAUUUGAGUCAGAAAAAGAGGAAGACGAAGAAGAAAAAAAAGAAGCAUGUACAUUACCAUCAACUUUAAAAAAUCAUUAUCCUCAUGCCGAGCUACGGAAAAUAGCUAAACAGUUUAUCAAAAAAUAUUUCGAUAUUUACGAUAGCGAUUCACGUAAUUCACUGCUCAGUUUGUAUCACCAAUUAGCAUUUUUCAGUAUGAAUGUUAGUUUAACUUCUUUGUCGUCUCAAGAACCUGGAAAUAUCGAAGAGUACCUUCGGUUUCAUCGAAAUUCAAUAAAAACUGUAGUACCAGAUCAACGAAUAAAUUUUUUUAAGCAAGGAAGAUUACCAAUUGUUGCUUCAAUCUCACUUCUGCCAAAAACUUAUCAUUAUUUAAAUAGUUUUUCAACCGACGUUAUGUUACAAACAGACGGGACAACGAUGAUUUGUAUCAGUGGUUGCUUCAAAGAAUUAAAUACCAAAGGAAAAUUAAUGUUUUACUUUAACCGUACAUUCAUUAUCAAGUUGGAAGCUGAUGAUUGCACGAUUAUAAAUGAUCAACUUAAUUUGUCUUAUCCAACACCAAAGCAGAAAGAGCAGGCUCUUAAUAACUUUAUUACUGUCCGAUCAUCAGCACCAUCAUCAACAGCAGUGACAUCAAAUCCUUUACCUCCUUCAACACCUAUAUCAUCACUAAUAACUCCACCACCGACACCAGUUUUAUCGACAGCUAACACUGAUUCUGAUAAUUCUACAUCUAGCUCAGAAAUCGUCACUGAACCGACAAUUAAAAGUGAAUCUCCAUCUCCACCAUCCACAUCUUCUGAGCUAGAAUUAACUGAUGAUACUUUUAAAGAAAAACUAAUUAGUCUCAGAGGAAUUAUAGGCAAUUGUAUGGCAGCAAUUGAUGGAUUUUUGGAUGAUAUAGAAACUAGAGAAGAGUCGGGUUGAUUAUUUUGAAUUUUUUAAAAAGUUAUCGUUAUCAGUAAUUAGAAAAGUUUUUUAAUUGCAUGCUUAAAAUAAUACAAAUAACUGUCUGUGACGUUAUAUUUUUUAUAUUAUUCUAUUUGUUAAUUUUCUGCCAAAUAUGAAACAAUAGUUUUUAUAUUAAAAAGCGUCUCUGACGUACUAUUUUUAGAAAAGUUCUUUAGAUAAUUAUUGUCAUUAUAAGAAACAGUUAAUA